AUGAUGCUCGCAGGUUUCCUUCUAAUAAUCCUCCUUCAAGGUGGAUUUACCUCUGAUCACACAGAGCAGCCAGAACUUGAUCAACAAAAAGCCAAUCAGAGCUAUGAGAAAGGUGGAAGUACCUUCAAUUACACAGAGCCAACAAACAUUACACAGAACGCCAAUCAGAGCUCUGUUGAAGAUGGAAUAACCUUCAAUAACACAGAGACAACAAACUUUACACAGAACACCAAUCAGAGCUCUGUUGAAGAUGGGGCCUCUGCAUGUAAGAAAAACUAUACGCAUAUAGUAGAGCACCUGAAGUUGUCAAAAAAAGAUCUAAACACCAUGACUCGGCCCACUAAGAACACCUCAGAACCCACAAUAAUAUAUCUGGAUAUAGCCCUCUAUGCCAUUCUAGAUGUGAGAGAAAAGGAACAGACAUUUAAGUCUUAUGUUUGGGUUGAAAUGAUUUGGAAUAAUGAAAACAUGCGUUGGGAUAGAAGGAACUUCUGUGAUAUAACUGAAAUUACUCUUCCUUCUAAACAGCUGUGGCUGCCAGAUCUAACUAUUGAAGAGAGGACAGAGAAGGAUAAGGCCACUCAGAGUCCUUAUCUGAGGGUUAAUUCUUAUGGGCAAGUCACUUAUAGGAAUGACAUGGUGCUGCUUACCACCUGCAAGAUGGAUGCCUACAAAUUCCCCUUCGACAUUCAAAGCUGCAACCUCACCUUCAAGUCUGCCAUACACAACGUCAAGGAAAUUAAGCUUGAAAAGUGGGGGGCUCUGAGUGGACAACAAUGGUCCAAAGAAAUUAUAAAAACACAGUCGGACUGGGAGUUCAUCGACAUUACUGUCGACAACAACUAUGUCGACAACUUUUUCAUCAAUCAAAGCACGAUGGUUUACACUGUCAACAUGAAGAGACGUUCUGUCCUUUACAUUGUCAACUUCAUCCUGCCUGUCCUGUUGUUCUUGUGUCUGGAUUUGGCCUCCUUCAUGAUCUCAGAGAAUGGGGGGGAGAAGCUCAGCUUCAAGGUCACUGUGCUGCUUGCUGUCACAGUGAUGCAGCUCAUUCUGAAUGAAAUUCUGCCGUCCUCUUCAAACAGGAUUCCACUUAUAGCAAUGUACUGUAUUGGGAUCUUUGGUUUGAUGAUGCUGAGUCUCCUGGAGACCAUUUUUGUGAUGUACCUCAUCGAGAAAGACUCUGCACCCCAGAAUGAUUGGACAGAUAAAGAACAAAGCCUGAGUGAGGACUGUAAGGACAAACGAGGGAAAAAUAAAUUCCAUACAUUUUUCAAAGACUUCAAGAAACGGACAAACUUGACGUCUGCCUGUGCUGGAUCUUCUGGGGAAAGGCCUUCUGAAAUGCUUCCAGUAUCUAAAGAGACUAGCAGCAGCCAGUUGACUGAGGAGUCCAAUGCCUCUGAAACGGAGAUGUUGCAAGAGUUGUCUCCGCCCCUAAGCAGCAGGAAGGAAGAAGGAAAGGCAGGCCGCUGGACGAGAAGGGCCAAAACAGUCAACAAAGGGCUCCAACAGCAGUCCCCCAGCACAGAGCCAGCCCUCCUAAUCAGCUUGUUAAGCUUUUUAGAGUCACAAGCCCCUGACGCUGCUGCCCCAACAGACGGCUGCAAAGAAAAUGGCACUUGCCACAACAGCCUGAUGAAACAUGGAUAA